AUGAAGUUAUGGAAAGGUGCUACUUUUGCCUUCAUGCUCUGUGGCGCCGCCCUGUCCAUCCUCCUCGUUAGAAACAUGGCCGCCGUCGGACAGUUCAGACCCAAGACCAAGUAUCCACACACGUCUUCAUCCUCCUCGAGAGCGUCUUCGUCGCCGGGAUCGACGCCCAGAACCUCGCUGCCGCCGGCCGUGCUGUCCCGGCAGGUGGGCGGUUCCCAUCGGAGAACCCGCUCGGCGGACAACGUGAACUCUCUCCUCACUGAUUUUACCAUGAUGUUCCAGAGCUUCACCGAGGGCGAGCUGCAGCAUGUGGUCGGCACCUUGCUCGACCGGAAGAGAAGGAAGAGCCGGCGUCAGGGCGACAGCCAGACCCGCAGGACUAAGAGAGCUCGGCGUCCCAAGCCGUGCUCGCUGAGGGAGCUGGAGAUGACCGUGAGCGAACUGGGUCUCGGCUACGACAGCGACGAGACGGUGCUGCUGCGCUACUGCAGCGGCAAGUGCUUGGCCCACCGGCACAACUACGACAUUACCAUGGAGCACAUGAUGCGGUCGGGCUUCAGGAAGAAGGGCCGCAAGGACAAGGUGGGCAACGGGCCCUGCUGCCGGCCCACGGCGUUCGAAAACGACUUUUCCUUCCUGGACAACAACAGCCGCUACCACACGAUACAGAACGUGUCGGCGAAGAACUGUGGGUGCGUAUGA